CUUGGUCCGGCCCAACAGGGAAAAUACUAUAAAUAGAUAAGUUGUGGUAAUAAGGGUAGGCUGGUUUUUGGCUUUGGUUUGGGCUGGGACUUGGAGAGAGGCAUCUCUUAAAACUGCCAGAACAUUAUUCUCCCUCUUGUUUGUUAUACGACUUCCCUCAUUUACUGUUCAUCAAUCGAUUUUCUCCAUUUCUGUUGUUAGAUCAUAUAUCGCAGGUCUGAUCCUUAUCAUUGGUAUCAGAGCGACGAUCGUGGUACCUGUAUAUGGUUGCUACACGUCGUGCGAUGGAAGCCAGAAUGGAAAAUGUUGAGCGGGAACUGGCAAGGCAGUCCGCGGCGAUGGAGCGCGAACUCGCCAGGCAUCGCGAAGAGGCCAGACUGAUCAACGAAGAAGCCAGGACAAGGAGUGAGGAAGCGAGGCGUGACAUGGAAAUGCUUCGUGAGAUGAUGAUGAAUAAGUUCGCACAUCGUUCCCGCGAGCGAUCAUCGACUUCCAAAAGUAGCGCGAAACAGGGGAGUAGCGAUUCCGGAUCUUCUACAGGUAACUAUCGAUCCACUUCCAAAAGACAUUUUGAUGAUCAUCGUAGUUGGAAUGAAAAAUCUGGAAGGAAAGUAGACUUGCCCCUAUUUAAUGGAACUGACGCGUAUGGAUGGACCAUUAAGGUGGAGCGAUUUUUCAAACUGAACAAGAUUGUAGAGGAGGAUAAACUUGAGUUGGUGACCCUCGCAAUGGAAGGAAGAGUGUUAAAUUGGUACCAAUGGUGGGAGGAACAUGCCAAUGUGAGGAGCUGGGUACUGUUCAAGGAAGCCUUGUUGAAGAGAUUUGAACCUGGACUGGAUCAAGAUCCAUAUGGUCCCCUGUUAAAUCUAAAACAAACUGGGAGUGUAAUGGACUACAGAGAUGAGUUUGAACUGGUGGCAGCUCCAUUGAAACAUACUGAUGUCCAAAUACUUGAGGGAAUUUUUAUGAAAGGUUUGAAAGCAGAAAUCAAGGCUGAACUGAAGAAGAAUCCUGUAAGAACCUUGACCGAGGUCAUGAAUAAAGCCCUGAGAAUAGAGGAAGGUAACACUAUCAUCAGUUCCAGCAGGUACAGGGAAGAUGAUAGAAGGGGAACAAAGGGGACUGCUACAGCCCAACCUCAAAGAUGGUUGAAUGAGAAUCAGUGGAAGAAUAGCCUCAUCAAUCAGUCUGGAUCUGAGAAAUCUAACCGGGAGAAAAGCAAUGAGAUAGGAAAUAAAGGUGCAGGGAUAAGGGGAACACAGAGGUUGACACAGUCUGAGCUGCAGGAGUUGAGUAGAAAAGGUCUUUGCUUCAAAUGUGGGGAGAAAUGGGGAAAAGACCAUAUCUGCCAGAUGAAACACUUCCAAAUUAUCAUGUUAGAUGACUCGGAGGAGGAGGAAGAGCAAAGGGACAACUAUCCAGAACCUGUAUCCAUGAUGGAGGACAAUGAUAUCUCAAAAAUGCAACUGUCAUUACUGAGUAAAGAAGGAUUGACUACUCCCAGGACUUUCAAGUUGAGAGGAGAAAUUCAGGGCAAAAGGGGAAGCAAGGAAAUAAUCAUAUUAAUUGAUUGUGGGGCUACCCACAAUUUCAUAUCUCCUAAGGUAGUUCAAGCAGCAAACCUACCUACCUUGCAGAUCCCAGAAUUUGAGGUUAAGAUAGGAAAUGGAGACAUAAUAAGAAACAAUGGGAAAUGUGAAGCUGUGUGUCUUAACAUACCACAAUCUACCAUCACUCAAGACUUUUAUGUCUUAGAAUUGGGGGAAAAUGAGAUGGUUUUGGGUCUGGAAUGGUUAGCAAGCUUGGGAAAUGUUGAAUUUAAUUUCAACCAGCUCACCAUUACAUGGAAGGAAAAGGGAGUAGUCAGGAAGCUUCAAGAAGAUGCCUAUAGCAGCAGACAUCAAGUUCCUUUCAAUUCUAUCACUGAAAAGAUUCAAGCAAGUGGAGAAGGAUUCGGCCUCUUCAAUUCUGCAAGGAUUGAAUCUAAGAUGGAAAAGGAAACAGCCAACCCAGGGAUGAAGGAAAGGCUCACUGAAAUUGCUGAUAAUAAGUGCACUAUUGAACACCAGUGGAACCCAAUCCCGGUAGGCAUGGACUUUAUGAAUAAAGCUGUGGUAAGGGUGAAUAGGUUGAUUGAGCAAACAGUUGAGAAUUGUAAGGAAGAACUUGUUAAGCAGGUUGUUGUUGCUCUCUAUGAGGCAGCAUGUUGUGCCCUGGCUUCCAUAGAUGGUGAAGGGAUCAUGUGUGUUGCUGGGAAUAUUAGAGACAAAUGCUUACUGAAAAGUUUCAAGUAUGAUUGGAUUCAUGGUCUUGAUCAAGCUGAGGUCAAUUCUUUUGAAAAGAUGUGGGAACAAGAGCAAAGACAUCAUCAGGAGUUACAGACAUGGGGAAAAUUUUACAACACCAGGGUGCAAUAUGCCACCCUGCCUUUAUUUUUGCUCUUUCUGACUGAGAAGAACUGGAAAAUGAAGAGUCAAGCACCAAAGCUGAAGGUACAGAAUUCAGCAAUGUACUGGGAAGGAAGGGGUGCUAGGAUGAAGAUGAAUUUAAAGAUCAAGGCUGCUUUGUAUCACCCACCUUGAGGACAAGGUGGUUGUUCAAGGGGGGAGAUAUGAUAGGGACUUGGACCCCCAAUAUGAAUAAUAAUAGUAGAAUUCUACUAAGGAGUGUGAUAUUGUAUAAAUAGGGGUUUGGGCUAGGUACUAGUUGACUUGGUCCGGCCCAACAGGGAAAAUACUAUAAAUAGAUAAGUUGUGGUAAUAAGGGUAGGCUGGUUUUUGGCUUUGGUUUGGGCUGGGACUUGGAGAGAGGCAUCUCUUAAAACUGCCAGAACAUUAUUCUCCCUCUUGUUUGUUAUACGACUUCCCUCAUUUACUGUUCAUCAAUCGAUUUUCUCCAUUUCUGUUGUUA